AUGCAAACAAGCGAUACGCCCUCUUACGCUUCGAAGCAGCCAGACCAACAGCCAGGGCAGACAGGCAGUCAGAAUGUCUCCGUCAACUCCCCCGAUAGUGAGCAAUCACCCCUUCCUGUAGUCAAGUCUGGUCCGCAGUCUCGUAGCGAUAGCAACGGCAAUGGUGGUAGAGCAGACCAUACCAUUUAUCCCAAGGAAUUACAUUUGGGCUGA